AAGCAGCCGGAGAUUAAAAAAACAAAGUAAGCAGGAAGUUCUCCACUGUAGUAAACGCAGUGGACGUCACUUGGACGAUUAUAGAUUUUUUUGUAGCGUUUUAUGAACUUUUUUUUUUUUUUCUUGUCGGAGCGCUGUGGAACAUCCAACAUGUCGAAUAUGGACAAGCAGCUGUUUAACCUAAAGUUCGCUGCAAAGGAGCUGUCUCGAAAUUCCAAGAGAUGCGACAAAGAAGAAAAGGCAGAAAAGCUGAAGGUUAAGAAGGCUAUUCAGAAAGGAAACACAGAGGUUGCUAGGAUACACGCUGAAAAUGCCAUCCGGCAAAAGAACCAGUCCAUCAACUUCCUGCGUAUGAGUGCGCGAGUGGACGCGGUGGCAGCGAGGGUGCAGACGGCAGUGACCAUGAACAAGGUAACUAAAUCGAUGGCAGGAGUUGUUAAGUCCAUGGAUUCCGCACUGAAGAGCAUGAACCUUGAAAAGAUCUCAGCCCUGAUGGAUAAGUUUGAGCGGCAGUUUGAAACGCUAGAUGUACAGACUGCGCACAUGGAGGACACUAUGAGCAGCACUACAACACUGACAACACCACAGAAUCAAGUGGACACACUUAUGCAGGAAUUGGCAGAUGAAGCCGGGUUGGACUUGAACAUGGAACUUCCCCAGGGCCAGACUGGUUCAGUUGGUACUAGUGUAGCUUCAGCAGAACAGGUAAGCAUAUAAUGGUUGUUGA